AUGCAGGCAGACCCUGUCUUUGUGAGCGCCAUGGCUAUGAACCAGAUUCCCGGCCAUAAUAUUUACAUUGGAGGCAUCUUUUGCCUCAAGAAUAAAGCGGCCCUUGACCGGGCUAAUAUCACUCAUGUGGUGUCUGUCUUGAGACUGGCUCCAUCUGAAAAUCUGUUCUCAGACUUCCAGCAGCACAGAAUUGAUAUUGAUGAUGUUGAAGAUGAAGACCUUCUCGAACAUCUUCCAGCCGCGGUCAGGUUUAUUCGAUCCGGCCUAGACGCGGGCGGCAGCGUCCUAGUGCAUUGUGCAAUGGGAAAGUCCCGAUCCGCAACUGUCUGCAUUGCCUACUUGCUCCACCAGCAGCGCAGUGGGCUCACACCAGAGUCCGCUCUAGAGCUGAUCCGCCAAUCGCGGCCGCUCUGUGAGCCCAAUGAUGGCUUUAUGGAGCAGCUCAACCUUUAUUAUGAGAUGGGCUGCCCUGAUGAGGUCGCAGAUCACCCGGUGUACCAGCGCUGGCUGUACCGGCGCGAGGUGGAGGAAAGUGUGGCGUGUGGGCGUGCCCCGGAACUCAAGUCAGUGCGAUUUGAAGACGAGCAGCCCCAGCGGCCUCAAGAACCUACCGCUCAAGUUGUGGAGCUUAAGUGUCGCAAGUGCCGGCGUGGGAUCGCGGAUUCCAAGUACAUUAUUUCCCAUGAUCAGGAGAAGAAAGAGAGCAACAAGUACCGAUCCAACCAGGAAUGUGCUCAUGUGUUUUUACAUCCUAUGAAGUGGAUGCGUCCCAGCUUAUUCCCAGAGGCCGGCCCUAAUGACUACGAGGGUGAUGCUCCCUUGACUGGCCGCUUGGCCUGCCCCAACACUUCCUGUGGUGCCAACAUUGGCAAGUUCGCAUGGCAAGGUUUGCAGUGUAAUUGCGGUCAGUGGGUGGUCCCGGCCAUUGGCCUUGCCAAAGCUCGAGUGGACAUCGCCAAUAAGGCUCCCAUUCGCGGAGCAGGAAAUCUUCCUCCGCCCGCACUAGGCAUUCGUAUGCCUCCAGGGAUGCGGACUCCUGGAGCGAGUGACGGUACUGGGCGCGGGAAUCUGUAA